AUGGAUAACAGAGGACAGAAGCAGAUAAAUAAUAAACCAAUUACCAGACUACGAAGUGGACACCGACAGCCGACAGCCGACAGCCGACAGCAGACCGACGCCUCAGUGAACGGCACCGCCUACGCCCCUAUGAAGGAGGGUAGCGCCGUCGCCGGAGGGGAGGAUGUGGAGAAAGAUGAGGAGAAAGAGGAGGAGGAGGAGGAGGAGGGAGAGGAAGAGGGAGAGGGAGAAUUAGUUGGAGAAGGAGGUGAAGCUCCCAAACUGGAGGACGGCUUCUACGAGAUCGAAGACAUCAGGAAGAAACGAGUUCGAAAGGGUCAAAUCCAAUACCUCAUCAAGUGGCGAGGAUGGCCGGAGACGGCCAACACCUGGGAGCCCUUAGAGAACAUCCAGACCUGUGCCGAUAUCAUCGAAGUUUUCGAAGAAAGAUCGAGGUCGCCUCGAUUACGAAAGCGCAAGCGGAGACAUGGAGGACCGUAUGGUAUCGCUGCCCAGAAGAAGCGCUGCGUCCAAAAUGAGGAAUUAAAAACGAUUCUUACAUCUCUCAAUCAGAUAGAUUCCAUUUGCAAUUCAGUGGUAGGUGCUGAUGCUGCUAAAAACAACCAACAAGUUGAGAGGGCAGAAGUAGUGGAGAAGGAAAUUGGAGAGUCAAAGAACAAGAGCAGAGAUGAGGAGAUCGAGGUGACUUUAUCUCGAGUGGAUAAUGGACAGAGCCUAGAGGCUCUUAAUUCAACAGAGCAGAUUGGAACAAAUGGGCACGCUUCUUUGAGCCCUCCUUGUGGUCGGGAGGAGGAUGGUUCAUUAGAUGGGUUCUCGAAGGUGGAAUGCACCCAGGCACUACCGGCCAAUAUACCUACUGGUGCAAAGAGGAGGAAAUCUGGGUGCGUGAGAAGGUUCACACAGGGUUCUGUAACUGGUCAACAGGAUGAGCAGCAAACAGUAACUGCAAGAAAGGAAACUGGACCUUGUGGCAAAGGGGAAAAGUUUGAGAAUGCACAUGUUUCUGAAUUUGAUGACAAAAAUAAGUUGGAUGAUGCUGGAAAGUCACCUUCAAUCACAAAGCUUUUAAAGCCAGUUCGUUUCUAUGCUUCUGUAGUAAACAAUGUGCAACAAGUAUCCAUAACGUUCAAGGCUCUUAGGUCUGACGGAAAAGAAGUCCUUGUUGAUGAUAAAGAACUGAAAGCUAAAAACCCAUUGUUGUUAAUCAGUUUCUACGAGCAACACAUUCGCUACAGCCCAAACCAAUGAUCUAUUUCAACAAAGUAUAUCGACAAUUUCCUUCAUAAAGCAUGCCGGAGACUGUGGUAGUUAAUUAUAUGCUUACAAAUGGUAGGCUGGAUCUUUUUCCAUGCAAAUACCAAUCAAGAUGGUUUGAGCUUUUUUAUAUUUUCUUGUGAAGUACGUGUUGUAGCAUUGGCAACUAAGAAUCUGAUGUUUGUAUCAUUACGUUACCACGCAUUCCCGUGUAUAUAACUUUUAUCGACAAAUUCUUUUUGUCAA